CCGAUUUACCAUCACCGCCGCCGCCACUCACGCCGCCGCCAUGUCGCCGCUCGCCUCCUUGCUGUUCACGCUCGCCGCACUGCUCGCCGCCGCCAACGCUCAGAGCAACUGCAAUACUGUACUAAUUGGGCAGACAACUCCGGUGACUAUAGUCUCCAAUCCAGUCACCUUUCCUGCUGGAGGUGGAAGCGUUAAUAUUGAUGAUUGGUGUCAACAACAGCGUAAGGGAGUGGCAGUCGGUAAUUCGGUGACUGCGUGCAAUGCGAACCAGCGCGGCGCAGCGCCCAACAUCACCCCGGCGUAUUCCAACAGGCUCUCGCCGGUGGCCGUCACGUGCCCCGACGCCUGCCCGCUAGGUGGCGCUGUGACAGUUGUGCAAUACUGCUUAUAACAGCCAUAACCAAAUUGUACAAUUUGUUUUAAUAUUUUUAUGAUAUGACCACGAUUCGCAAUUCAUGUCGCAUGCAUUAGACGCCCGACUCGAUCACAAAAAGUCUUUUAGAAAUCGAUUUUCGCUCAUGUCGUUUUGGAAAUAUACCCUAUUUCGUAUCAGUGCAUUCAGUAUGAUGCCAUGAACACAGAUAUAUGAGAUGACAAGCGCGAAGGUGGUGGAAAGGGGGUAGUUGCUGUGACGUCAUAAAUUCGGCAGUGGCAGUACAAACAUUUUUAAAUUUUUUGUCGUGUCAUGUCGUGACACGUCUGACAAGCAGCGAUCAUGUCAUAGAGAUAUCAAAACCUUAACCAAUUUUAAAAUCAGAAGGGCAUAUAUUUAAAUGAUCCGCUCAUUACAAUGUGAAAAUAUUAA